AUGCCAUCCUCCAGGGGCACGCCACCCUUCAGGGACGCCCAGGUUGGCGGCACGCCACCUCCCUGGCUGGAGAUUAUCCCUACAACACAAGCAUCAACACUUCUUCCCCGACCACAGCGGGAGAUUAUCCCUACAACACAAGCAUCAACACUUCUUCCCCGGCAACAGCGGGAGAUUAUCCCUACAACACAAGCAUCAACACUUCUUCCCCGGCAACAGCUGGAGAUUAUCCCUACAACACAAGCAUCAACACUUCUUCCCCGGCAACAGCGGGAGAUUAUCCCUACAACACAAGCAUCAACACUUCUUCCCCGGCAACAGCGGGAGAUUAUCCCUACAACACAAGCAUCAACACUUCUUCCCCGGCAACAGCGGGAGAUUAUCCCUACAACACAAGCAUCAACACUUCUUCCCCGGCCACAGCGGGAGAUUAUCCCUACAACACAAGCAUCAACACUUCUUCCCCGGCAACAGCUGGUCAUCUAG